UAGCUGUUAUUAAUAUGAUGCUUUUUCGUUAUUCAAAUAAGGUUCUUAUUAAUUUCUUGAAUAUUCAUGAGCGGAAAUCUGCAUUGCUUUUGAGGAAUUCAAUUGUAUCUAGAAUGGUUUCUUCAACAGUGUCAUCUGAAACAUUGUCUACGUCUGAUAAAUCUAAUAUUAAAGUAUUCUCUGUUUAUAGAUGGAAUCCAGAAACGCCAUCUAUAAAACCAAGAAUGCAAAAAUAUGAUGUUGAUUUAAAUGAUACAGGGCCCAUGGUUUUAGAUGCUAUUAUUAAAAUAAAAAAUGAACAAGAUGCUACACUUUCUUUUAGAAGAUCGUGUCGUGAAGGAAUUUGUGGUUCAUGCGCUAUGAAUAUUGAUGGUAUUAAUACACUUGCAUGCUUAUCUAGAAUUCCUAUCAAUUCUAAAGAAGUCAAAAUUUAUCCUCUUCCGCAUAUGUAUGUAAUAAAAGAUCUUGUGGCUGAUAUGACACAUUUUUAUAAACAAUAUAAAUCAAUUCAACCUUAUCUUCAGCAUAAGGAAUUCCCUGAAAAAGAAAUUCCUCAAUCUCAGAAAGAUAGAAAAAAGCUUGAUGGGUUAUAUGAAUGUAUUUUGUGUGCAUGUUGUUCAACAAGUUGUCCUAGUUAUUGGUGGAAUAGCGAAGAAUAUCUCGGACCUGCUGUAUUGAUGCAAGCUUAUAGAUGGAUUGUUGAUUCUCGUGAUGAUGCGACUCAAGAACGAAAAGAGAAAUUACAAAACUCAAUGUCGUUAUAUCGUUGUCAUACAAUUAUGAACUGUGCUAAAACAUGUCCGAAAGGUCUUAAUCCCGGCAAAGCAAUUGCAGAAAUAAAAAAAGCAAUAGCUUUAGAUUGA